UGUCAAAUCAAUUUGUCAACUACUGCAGAGAAGACACUCCCUGUUCCUUAUUUUAUGAUUAAAUCAAUUUUUCUGGUAAAUUAUGUGCACAAUCGAGUGAUUUUUGAUAACGGUGGAACAUGAUCAACUACCGCUAGUAUUUGACGUGUCGUGUUGCAUUUACAAUAAACAUGUCUACAAUGUCAAGGUCAGUCCACAUCAGCCAGCAGAAGCUGGCGGAGAAGCUCAUAAUCCUCAACGACCGCGGCAUUGGUAUGCUCACACGGAUCUACAACAUCAAGAAAGCCUGUGGAGAUGCUAAAUCCAAACCCGCAUUCUUAUCUGACAAAACUCUUGAAUCAUCAAUCAAACACAUUGUCCGAAGAUUUCCAAACAUAGACGUGAAGGGCCUUCAAGCCAUUUCCCAGAUUAGAAAUGAUAUAAUCAAGUCUCUCUCAUUGUACUAUUACACCUUCGUAGAUCUUUUAGAUUUCAAAGAUAAUGUUAGUGAUCUACUCAACACAAUGGCGGCGUGUCAAGUUACGCUUGACUUGACUCUCAACUUCGAGCUGACAAAGAAUUACCUCGACUUGGUCACCACUUACGUGGCCUUGAUGAUCUUGCUCUCUCGCGUUGAAGACCGCAAAGCAGUUUUGGGUCUUUUUAAUGCCGCGCAUGAAAUGGUCCACAACCAAAUAGAUGGCAGUUUCCCGCGUCUGGGACAACUGAUUGUUGACUACGACGCUCCAUUAAAAAAACUGUCAGAGGAAUUUGCUCCCCAUCAAAAAUUGUUGGCCAGUGCCUUAAAUUCCUUGUGGCAUGUGUAUCCAGCGAGAAAUAUGACUGCAGAGCACUGGAGAUCAGAGCAGAAGUUGAGUUUAGUUAGCAAUCCGGCGCAGCUCCUUAAACCGUCAGAAACGAACACUAUGUCUUGUGAAUAUGUAUCAUUAGAAUCCUUGGAGAGAUGGGUCAUAUUUGGUUUUGCGCUUUGUCAUCAAAUGCUGUCGCAAGAUCAUGCCAAUAAGAUGUGGGUAAGUGCCUUGGAGUCUGGUUGGGUUCUAGCAUUAUUCCGUGACGAGGUGAUCUACAUUCACACUUACAUUCAAAGUUUCUUUGACGGAAUAAAAAGCUAUGGGAAAAGAGUAUCUGAAGUAAAAGAUUGCUAUCACCACGCCGUGCAGAAGGCAGGAUAUAAGCAUAGAGAAAGACGAAAGUUUUUACGAACAGCUCUAAAGGAACUAGGUCUCAUCUUGACUGACCAGCCUGGUCUGUUGGGUCCGAAAGCCCUGUUAAUAUUUAUUGGACUGUGCUAUGCUCGAGACGAAGUGUUCUGGCUGUUGCGCCACAACGAUAAUCCGCCGCAGAAAGUAAAAGGCAAGGCCGCCGAAGACUUGGUAGACCGUCAGCUCCCGGAGCUUCUGUUCCACAUGGAAGAGUUAAGAGCUUUGGUUCGAAAAUACAGCCAAGUUAUGCAGAGAUACUAUGUCCAGUAUCUGUCUGGAUUUGAUGCUGUGGCUUUGAAUCUAAUGAUACAAAAUCUCCAAGUAUGUCCAGAGGAUGAAAGUAUUAUACUGUCAUCUCUGUGCAAUACUGCUGCCAAUAUGAAUGUAAAACAGGUCGAAGAUAACGAACUCUUUGAUUUCCGAGCUUUCCGAUUGGACUGGUUUAGAUUGCAGGCUUACACUUCAGUUGGUAAAACUCCUUUGAAUCUGGUUGAUCAUAGAGAACUAGCGCAAUUCAUAGACAAAAUGGUCUUCCAUACUAAAAUGGUUGACAAUCUCGAUGAAAUAAUGGUCGAAACAUCCGAUUUGUCCCUGUUCUGUUUUUACAGUAAGAUAUUCGAGAGCCAAUUCCACAUGUGCCUCGAAUUCCCUGCGCAGAACAGGUAUAUCAUCGCAUUUCCCUUGAUUUGUAGUCACUUCCAGAACUGCACGCAUGAGUUAUGCCCUGAAGAAAGACAUCAUAUUCGAGAACGCAGUUUAUCGGUGGUAAAUAUAUACCUGGAUGAGAUGGCAAAAGAGGCAAAAAACAUUAUCACAACGAUCUGUGACGAGCAAUGCACAAUGAGCGACAAGUUGCUUCCUAAACACUGCGCACAAACAAUUGCCCAUUUGGCAAACAGGAAAAAGAAAGACAAGAAUAAGAAAAACACGAUUGAAAUCGUUAAGCCUGGAGCAGAGAGUUACAGGAAGACUAGAGAGGAAUUGACCACCAUGGACAAGCUGCACAUGGCGCUGACAGAACUUUGUUUUGCCAUUAACUACUGCACUACGGUGAAUGUUUGGGAAUACACAUUCGCUCCCCGGGAGUACCUUCACCAGCAUUUAGAGAACAGAUUCUCGAAGGCGUUGGUUGGGAUGGUCAUGUUCAACCAAGACACCAGUGAAAUUGCGAAGCCAUCAGAGUUACUGGUUAGCGUCAAGGCAUACAUGAACGUAUUGCAAAGCGUCGAGAAUUACGUGCACAUCGAUAUUACAAGAGUGUUCAACAACUGCCUGCUGCAACAGACGCAAAAUAUGGAUAGCCACGGGGAGAAGACGAUUGCGUCGUUAUACACGCAGUGGUAUUCUGAAAUCUUACUAAGAAGAGUAAGUGCCGGGAGCAUCUGUUUUUCGAUGAACCAGAAGGCGUUUGUGAGCCUGACCGCAGAAGGGGCCAUUCCAUUCAACGCUGAAGAAUAUUCCGAUAUUAAUGAACUGCGAGCCCUGGCUGAACUCAUCGGGCCGUACGGCAUGAAGUUACUGAGCGAAACCUUGAUGUGGCACAUAUCGAGCCAAGUCCAGGAGCUGAAGAAACUUGUAGUCCAGAACAAAGAAGUACUUCAGAUGCUCAGAACAAACUUUGAUAAACCGGAAAUAAUGAGAGAACAGUUCAGGAGGCUGCAACACGUGGACAAUGUUUUGCAAAGGAUGACAAUAAUUGGCGUAAUUUUGAGCUUCCGCCAGGUGGCGCAAGAGUCUUUGCUUGAUGUAUUGGAACGGCGAAUUCCGUUCCUGAUAAGUUCUAUUAAAGACUUCCAGCAGCAGCUGCCCAGCGGCGACCCCAUGCGGGUGAUAUCGGAGAUGUGUUCCGCCGCAGGGUUGUCCUGCAAAGUGGACCCUACUCUAGCGUCUGCGCUGCGGCAGAACAAAGCCGAGCAGGAAGAGGAGGAACACCUAGUGGUGUGUCUGCUGAUGGUGUUCGUGGCCGUGUCGCUGCCGAGACUCGCGCGCAGUGAGGGAUCCUUCUACAGACCAUCUCUCGAAGGACACGCAAACAACAUUCACUGCAUGGCACCUGCGAUCAAUCACAUAUUUGGAGCAUUGUUUACCAUAUGUGGGCAAGGCGAUAUUGAGGAUCGCAUGAAGGAAUUCUUAGCUCUCGCGUCUUCGUCCCUAUUACGCCUGGGACAAGAAACGGACAAAGAAGUCAUCAAAAAUCGUGAAUCUGUUUACUUGCUGCUCGAUCUCAUAGUACAGGAGUCGCCAUUCUUGACUAUGGAUUUGUUGGAGUCUUGCUUCCCAUAUGUACUGAUACGUAAUGCUUAUCAUGAGGUUUACAAGCAAGAACAAAUGCUUUUGCAUUCGUAAAAAUAUUUGUAAGGCUAUAACAUAUGAAAGACAAUUGUAAAUUGAGCAUUCGAUUUUAUAUAAAAUGCGUCAAUUUUUUUAUACUUUAUUGUUGUAGAUAAAUUUUAACAAUAUAAUUAAUAUAAUUUAUGAAAUCCCGCCUUUGUUGCACUUACAAAGUUUAGAUGAGCUUUUUCAGUUUCUUCGUUUUAUAUCUUUAUG